UGCAUCAACUUCUACCUAGUCUUUUAAUUUAGGUAAAAUCGAACAAAAACAAAAUAAUAAAGAUAAAAAAAAAAAUGGCAAGAUUGUGUUUUAUGUUCUUAGCGACUCUAGCAGUAGUGGUUUAUACAACUACUGCUAGAGACGUUCCAAAACAAAACAAAGAUAGUAGUACUGUUGGUCUUACAGACCAAAAGAACGUUUAUACUUUUGGUGGAACCGGAGGGUUCAAUGGUAUUGGAAACAAUGGUCUACCCAUGGGAGGAAUGGGAACCGGAGUUGGUGUAGGUGGUGAUUUUGGCGGAGCAAAUGGAGUCGGAGGUGUAGGUAUGGGGUAUCAAUAUGGUGGACCGGGUGGGCCGGCUGGUGGUGUAGGAACUUUUGGAGGUCUUGGAAAUGGUUUUGGUGGAUUACCAACUCUUGGUGGUGGAGGACUUGGUGGUGGUGGUCCUGGUGUUGGUGGUGUGUUUCCUAUCGGUGGUGGCAGCGGUAUGGGUGGCUUUCCUAUAGGUGGUGGUGGUGGUGCCGGUGGUGUACUUCCUCAUCCUUGAAGCUAGGUUGUUACCGUGGUCACUAGGUAGUCGCUUAAUUUUCUAUUUGAGUUUGUUUACUAUUGAAGUACUAAAUUAAUAGGUCGAUUUGUGUAAGGUGGUGUGUGUGUUUGUGUUAGUAGCUACAUCAUAUAUUUUCUGUUCUAUGAAUAUUAUGUUAUGUUCGCGUCAUAUCAUGUUUGUAUUGCUAGAGUAUUUAAGAUUAUAAAUAUUUCCAUUUCCGAUUUA